AUGGCUAACCAACAGAGAACUCUCUCUCAAGGAUCAGUGCAAGUUAAUGCGGUGACUCACGUGGCUGCAAUGAAUUGCGUCCAAUGUGGAGAGGGACAUCCAGUAGAAGUCUGCCCAUGGAAUCAACAACCCAUAUAUUUUGUUUACGAUGAAUCAUUUGACAACAUCUACAACGUUGGGUAUAACCAAAUAGCAAUUGCGACGGAGGACCAAGACAAGACUACCUUUACAUGCCCAUUUGGUACGUUCGCAUUCCAACGCAUGCCAUUUGGACUCUGCAAUGCACCAGGAACUUUUCAACGAUGCAUGAUGGCAAUAUUUUCAGAUUACUUGGAGGAGUCAGUUGAGGUAUUCAUGGAUGAUUUCUCAGUCUUCGACAAUAACUAUGACUACUGUUUGUCUAACCUUGAGAAGGUUUUGAAGAGAUGCAUGGCAAUGAAUCUUAUUUUGAACUGGGAAAAAUGCCACUUUAAGGUGGAAGAAGGUAUAGUUCUAAGACACAUUGGGUUUUAUAGAAGAUUUUUUCACAACUUCUCCCAGAUCGUAAGGCCCCUGAGUUCACUCCUUCAAGCUGACCAAGAAUAUAACUUUGAUGAUGCGUGCACCAAAGCAUUCAACACAUUGAAAGAUGCGCUUAUCUCCGCACCCAUUUUGAUUGUGCCAGAUUGGACCCAACCAUUUACGUUGACGUGCAAUGUUAGUGGAUAUGCUGUGGGCGUAGUUUUAAGUCAGCGCAAGGAUAAGGUAUUGCAUCCUAUUUAUUAUGCAAGUAAAACAUUGAAUGAUGCACAGGAAAACUAUACAACCACAGAAAAGGAAAUGCUUGCAGUGGUAUUUGCACUGGAGAAAUUCCAACAAUACUUAAUCGAAACAACCGUUGUGGUGUAUACGGAUCACUCUGCAAUCAAAUAUUUGAUGACAAAGAAGGAUGAAAAACCUAGGCUUAUACGGUGGGUGUUGCUACUGCAAGAAUUUGCAGAGAUUAAUGACCGGAAGGGUACCGAGAACCAAGUUGCGGAUCAUUUGUCAAGAUUGGAGAAUUGUGAGGUUCUAGGUAGAGAAAAAGAUAUUGAAGAAAGAUUCCCCGAUGAGCUACUGAUGGUAGUGGGCAUUAAUGUUCCCUGGUAUGCGGACAUUGUGAACUUCAUCGAUGUUUGGGGAAUUGACUUCAUGGGCCCGUUUCCACCAUCAGAAGGUCAUCACUAUAUCCUGGUUGCGGUUGAUUAUCUAUCAAAAUGGGUUGAGGCUAUCACAUGUGCCAAGAAUGAUGCGGCCACAGUGGCAAAGUUUCUGAAGAAGAACAUUUUUGCUCGAUAUGGGAUGCCAUGGGCCUUAAUCUGCGAUGAGGGCUCUCACUUUAUCAACUGCAUAAUUGCCAACCUGUUGACUAAAUUUAACGCCAGCCAUCGAGUUGCAACCGCUUAUCACCCACAGACUAAUAGACAGGUAAAGAUUUCUAACAGAGAGAUCAAAACCAUCUUGGAGAAGGAUUGGUCACCCAAGCUUGAUGAAGUACUGUGGGCAUACAGGACUGCCUAUAAAACACCAAUUGGCAUGUCCUCGUAUGCCCUGGUCUUUGGAAAGGCUUGUCAUCUACUGCUCAAAUUAAAACAUAAGGCAAUGUGGGCAUGUAAGAAGCUGAAGAUUGAUUUAGCAAGUGAGGGGAAAGUCCGGAAGCUGCUAUUAAAUCAGCUAGUCGAAUGGCGAAGGGACGCUUAUGAAAAUUCCAAGAUCUAUAAGGAGAAAACCAAGAAGUGGCAUGAAGACCACAUAAACGAUCGGACAUUCAUCGAAGAUCAAUAG